ACUAUUUUAAUCAAGAGACUUUUAUUUUGAAAAGCAGUGGCCAUGUCUUAACUUUCGGUGGUGUUACUGUAGCAAAUAGUGAUCACUUGUGCUUUUCGUUUGCUGAAAUAUGGCUUUUCAGUGUCAGAGGGACAGUUAUAUGCAGGAGUUGGACACGUCCGUCGUGUCUUGCGUGCCUGCAGAAUUAAAACUAGAGAGUAAUGGAAAAAAAGAAAAGCUGAAGGGCUUUAAUGUGAAACUGAAAGACACGAUUCUGUUUCCAGAGGGCGGAGGACAGCCUGAUGAUCAUGGGACGGUCGGAGGUGUCCCAGUCCUGCGUGUGCUGAGACAGGGUCCAGAUGCAGUGCAUUUCAUCAGCUCUGCUUUGGAGGAGGGUCAGGAGGUCCACAUCAAACUGGACUGGGAGCGAAGAUUUGACCACAUGCAGCAGCAUUCGGGUCAACACUUGAUCACAGCUUUGGCUGAUGCAAUGUUUGGAUACAAAACUACCUCUUGGGAAUUGGGACGUCAGCGGAGCAGCAUAGAGCUGGACACAGCCUCGGUGAAACCUGGGGAAAUGGAGGCUUUGGAGGCUGCUGUGAAUGAGAAAAUCCGUGCACACAUUCCAGUCACUGUCAACCUUCUGUCCAUUGAUGAUCCAGCUGUGGAGAAGGUGAGAAGCCGUGGUCUUCCUGACGACCAUGCUGGACCCAUCAGGAUCGUUGACAUUGAGGGCAUAGAUGCCAACAUGUGCUGUGGGACUCAUGUGUCCAACCUCAGUCACCUACAGGUUAUAAAGAUUUUGGGGACCGAAAAAGGGAAGAAGAAUAAAACCAACCUGAUUUUCAUAGCGGGCAACAGAGUGCUAAAAUAUGCUGAGAAGAGUUACAGCAUUGAAAAAUCUCUGACCGUCCUCCUUAAGACAGGGGCUGAUGAGCAUGUCGACGCCGUGGACAAGCUACAAAAGACGGUCAAACGUCUUCAGAAGAGUAAUCUUAUUAUCCUGAGAGAAAUGGCUGUUCUGAUAGCGCAGAACUUCAAAAGCAAACCGGACAGAGGAAACUUCCUCAGCUUACACAACAAAGAUGGUGAUAAUGAGUUCAUGAACAUCAUCGCAAAUGAAAUUGGAUUUCAGGACACAGUGAUCUUCCUGACCGUGGGUGAGGAGAAGGGUGCAGGACUGUUCCUGCUCGCAGGACCUGAGAAUAUUGUCACUGAAGUGGGACCUCGGGUGUCAGAGCUGCUGCAGGGUAAAGGAGCUGGAAAGGCCGGACGUUACCAGGGUAAAGCCAACAGUCUUGUGAAGAGGGCAGAGGCUGAGGCCUUAUUGCAGGAGCACAGCUGCAAACUCACCGCAGGAGAGGAGUAAAACGACACAUGCUGACAUACAGGUGCAUUGAUGAUGAUCCAGACUCUGUCUACACCGAACACAUGCACCAUGUUGCGGCGCAUCAAAACUAGAUAUUUCAUUGGUUGCAAUGAAACUAUCUUCAUGGAAGUGCACAAUGUGUCGUAAGACAUCAUGAUGCACCUUCAAUUAAUACUUGAUAGAUGCUCCAUUUCUGCUUUUGAAUCACUGCUUAACUACUCAAGCCAUUUAUUUUUCCUAUCCAUCCAAAUUAACUUUUUUUAUGUUGUGAUGUUUUUGGUCUCUGGCCUUCAUAUUUAAAUCAUUUUAUUAAAAAUAAUAAUAAUACUUUACUUAAAGCCUUUAUGUAUAAUGCAUUAUAAAGGUAUUCAUAAUGUGUUAUACCGCAUUACAUAUUUUCAUAAAUAAUUAUUACCAAAAUUUAAUUCAUUAUAAUAUUUGCAAAUUCCUUGUUACAUGUGAAACUGGUUGUCUGUCAUGUGUUUCAAUGCAUUAUACUUUCUAAAGGCUUAACAUUAAUGUAUUAUAACUGUGAUUACAAUUGUUUAAGAGAUCACACAAUGCAUUAUAAGGUGCAUUAUAUACAACGCAUAAUUAAUGCACUAAAAAUAUUUUUAUAUUGUAUUAUAUAAAAGGCUUUACCUACAAAAUUUUAACAUGUAAAGUUUUUUACAGUUUGAUCAGACUGAAAUUACUCCAUGGCAUAUGAAGUUGAUAUUGUAUUGAUAUUUUUUUGCUUUGUUAAUUUGAAGUAAUGCACACCCUUCAUAAAUUGCCAUGAUUAGUUGAUUAUCUGUCAGCCAUUGGACUGGUUCUUAGUACAUAUUGACAGAAAAUACUGAAUUAAAUGUAUUUAAUUGUGGGAAGGAUAGAAAUAAGAUGUUGAGACAGCACCUCUAAUCUAAAUAAAUAACUGAAAAAAAUA